UUCCGAAAAAAACUUUAUUGUACUCAUUUAAAGAAACUUUCCACGAAACGAAAUCAUAACCAUCAUAAUAUUUUGGCGAGUUGAACAAAUAACAUGAACAACAAUAACAAAACAACAACAGAUUCGAUCAUCGACGACUUUAUUUGUGAUUUGAUUUUUUUUUGUUUGUACUAUGUUUUUUGUUCGUACAAAUCGAUAAUCUAUAAAAUGCAAUAAGAAAGCAAAAUUUAAAAAAAAAAUUGAUUACGCGACAUAAAUUCACAACGAAAUCAUUCGUCAUAAGUCGAUUUUUUUUUUUGAUUUUUAAUCAAAAAUUUUCCUUCACUUUUUGAAAACCAGAAAUAUUAGAAAAAACAGCUCUCAAAUACGAGAAACUAUUCAAUUGAUAAACACUUGAAUAUAUGCAUUUACUCUAGUGCUUGUUUUAUCGUUUUUUUGAAUAAAAGUAUCGAUGACGAUCAAACAGAACGAGUAAUGUUUUGAUGAGUUAUAAAGAUAAUAGAAACAUUUUUUCAUUCGAUUAAAUCAAUGUAUCGAUUUCAUCAUCAUCUUAAUUGAUUUAAUGAACAACAACAAUAAACGAUUUGAACAAAAGAGGAGCUAUAGUGGUCGACAUAUAAUUUUUACAUUGCCUUAAUAUCAUUUUCAAAGUAUCAAAUAUUAUAAAAUAUAAUGGAUCAUCAAUCACAAUCGUCAACAAAAGCAUCGAAAUCAUCAUCGAAUGACCGUAAUAAUGGCCCAUCAUCAAAUCAAUCCGGUAGUGGUGGUGCUAGUGGAACAGAAUCAAAUUUUGAUUGCAAUAUUUGCCUCGAUACGGCCAAAGAUGCCGUCGUAAGUAUAUGUGGUCAUUUGUUUUGUUGGCCUUGUUUACAUCAAUGGUUCGAAACGAAACCAGUUCGUCCAACAUGUCCAGUAUGUAAAAAUCCUAUCUCCCGUGAUCAAGUGAUACCUCUGUAUGGUCGUGGUAGUUCGAAAAAGGACCCACGUGAAAAGAAAAUUCCACCACGUCCACAAGGCCAAAGGUCUGAACAAGAUUAUAGUUCGAUGGGAUUUCCGAAUUUCGGCUUUGGUGAUGGUUUUCACAUGUCAUUCGGUAUUGGUGCCGUUCCAUUUGGAUUUUUUGCCAGUACUUUUAAUAUUGGAGAUUUUCGUCCCGGUCCAAUGAUGGACGGAAUGGAUCUAGCUCAAGAUCAAUUUGUAUCCAAAUUAUUCAUGUGGCUAGCAAUCAUAUUUAUCGUAUGGCUUAUAUUUGCAUAAUCAAUAUUAUUGUUGCAUGGAAUUGAUUUUUUUGUUUGAGUUGGUUUCAAUCAAUCCUCCAAAAAAAAUGUAUUGGGUAAUCAAUUAACUUGAAAAAUAUGCCAAUAUCAUUCAUUCAUCUACACAUAUAUUAUCAUUAUUCUUGGUCUUUCUUGUUUCAUUAUUUUUUUUUUUUUAUUAUUCAGUUCAAUUACGACCAAGUAUUUCUAUUCCCUUGUUCACCAUAAUUAGUAUGAUGAUAACAAUUAUCAACCAACGUUUAUGAUUUUAUACCGUCACAUGAACUUAUAGCUAUUGAUUGAUUGAUUAUUUUAUGUUCCAUAUAUUAUUUGUCACGUCUUGUUUUUCAUCAUAAUUUUUCUUG